AUUGAAUUCCAACUUCAAAUAUCUUAUUUUCAAAAUCUUCUUCAUCAAUUAAUACCCAUUCUAGUCUUUCGCUUAUCUUCUUUUAAAGAUGCUUUUCACUAAAUCGACCUUUGCCUCUCUCGCUUUGGCUACUUCUGCUUGCAUGACCAAUGCUGCUGCCUUCUCUUUUGAUUUCUCUCAAUACUUUGAUUUCUCUUUAUCUUUAGGUUUACCAGAUUCUGAUGAUUGUGGUGGAUCUAAAAAUAUCUUCCAAAUUGGUAUUGAUGAAUCAUUAGACUUAGGUAUCGACUUAUUCAAAAAAGACGGUAUUGAUGGUAACUAUGGUAUCAAUAAUGAUAUCGAAGUCUUAAAAAGACAAGUUUCUGAAGAAGCUAUCAAACAAUUAAACAAAAGAGACAAUAACGCUCCAAAAGCCGCUUUAUCUGUUUCUGAUGUUACCUACGUUAAAGAUAACUUAUAUAAAGUUACCGUUAACUUUGAAACUGCUGCUCCUCAAACUUUAUCCAGAUCUUUUGGUGGUGAAGCCGAUUCAGUUAAAAUUACUGGUUUAGCUCCUCAAAAAUCUACUGCUAUUGUCUUUGGUGCUGGCGCUGAAGCUGACAUUAGCAACAUUUUCCAAUGGUCUGCUACCAUUUUAGUUGAAGCUUCUUUCCACAAAGGUUUAUUCUGUUUACCAGAUGAUUUUGCCAUUGAAUUCGAUUUUGCUUCAAAUGGUACUGUUGGUAUCUUUGAUACUUGGAAAAAAUACUUUGCUACCAACUAUAAAUAUACUUUAGAUAAUGAUUUCGAUAACCUUAAAUCAGUUACUGACUUAAAGAGAUCAUUAGAUCAAAUGGAUUCCCAAAAAAGAACUCAAGUCGAAAAAAGAUUAAUCGAUUUAGGUUUCGAUUUGAGUCUUUUAUUGAAAAUUGGUAUUCCUUCUCCAAAAUUACCAAACUUCUGUUGGGACCCAGCUUGUGUUUCUUCCACUUCUUCUCUCCCAGCUUCUUCCGCUGAACCUUCAACCACCACCUUAACUCCAUCUUCUUCUGCCGAACCAUCUACUACUACUGUUACCCCAUCUACUUCUGCUGAACCAUCCACUUCAGUUGUUCCAUCUUCUUCAGUUGUUCCAUCUUCUUCAGCUGUUCCAUCUUCUUCAGUUGUUCCAUCUUCUUCAGCUGUUCCAUCUUCUUCAGUUGUUCCAUCUUCUUCAGUUGUUCCAUCUUCUACCCCAGUUUCUGUUACAACCGUUACCGUUACUCCAGGUGAAACAACCACCAGUUGUCCAGAAGUUCCAGGUGUUUCCACUGUUACUGUCACUUGUGAUACCUCUUCUGUUCCAGUCAAUGGUACUACUUCCACUGUUUCUGAUAUCCAAACCACCGUUGUUACUAUCACCUCUUGUGAAGAUCACCACUGUACUCCAGUUCCAGUAACCACCGGUGUUACCACUGUUACUGAAGAAAACACUGUUUACACCACUUACUGUCCAAUUACCAAGGAAACUACCACUGCUGAAACCACUAAACCAACUAAGACUGCUCCAAAAGAAACUACUGCUGAAACUACCAAACCAGCCGAAACUACCAUCAAAUCUACUUCUACUGGUGCUGAUACCACUUCUACCGUUGAAGUUGUUUCCACUCUUAAACAAUCCACUGCUCCAACCACUGCCGCUGAAGAAUCUACUGCUCCAACCACUGCCGCUGAAGAAUCUACUGCUCCAACCACUGCUGCUGAAGAAUCUACUGCUCCUGCUGCUCCAACCACUGCUGCUGGUGAAUCUACUGCUCCAACCACUUUAGCUGAAUCUUCUGCUCCAACCACUUUAGCUGCUGAAUCUACUACUCCAGCUUCUGAAUCCGCCAUUGCUUCUUCUUCUGGUAGUGGUGUUCCAACCAUUUCUUCUGCUUACGAAGCUGGUGCUAACAUGAUCACCCCAGUUGGUGGUGCUUUAUUAGCUGCUGCUAUUGCUGCCCUUAACUUGUAAGCAAGUUAGUUUUUCAAAAUUUCUGUGGCUUAAAUUUUGGUUAGCUUAAUAUUUUUACCGGGGCUUUAUAAUUUCUAACAUCGAAUUUUGAUACCUAUUUUCGAAGGCUUUAAUUAGUUGUUAUUCGAUUUUUUUUUUUUUUUCUCAAAAGACAUAUUUGUUGAGGCAACCAGCAAUAUGAGGAAUUUUAAUACUUUUAUUCU